CGCAUGUGCCAAAGAGAGAGAGCGAAAGAACGAGAGGGAGGGAGGAAAAUAGGGAGAGAGAGAGAAAAGUGUCAGAGACAAAGGAGUGAACUGGGUUUGAGAAAAGAUGAGUUUUUAAGGCUCAGCUUUACCUACGUUUCACCACCGGAAGUGGACGAGAAGGGUCAGCAUCCUGCUGCUGCUGCUGCUGCUGCUGCUGCUGCUGUGGCAGCUGCGGUGUCUGUUCCAGUGACAGAAGGGCCUUGAUGGUCUUCUGUCAGCUGAUGGAAAAAAGUGCAGAGCUGUAUAGUCCUGGUGACUGAAUGGAAGGAACCGUCAACAGGCUGUGAUGAUGGAGGAAGUGGAAACACACAAAGAUUGUUGACACCACUGGUGCUGCUGCUUUUUCUUUGUAUCUUUAAUUUUCUUCUGGCCAAACCCGUCUGCACCUCCUGUUUGUCCUCACCUCCCUCUUGUCCUUUUGACAGCUGUCCUUCAAAGGGCAGGUGUAUUUGUGCCAAACGGCCACAGGUCUCAUACACCUCUCAACCCCCACCUCCUCCUCGUCCCCACACCGAGACGCAAAACCUCCUCUCCUCCAAGCAGCUGAGAGGUUGCUAUGGUAAUGGUCGUCAUGAUGUGGAUGUAGCGUCCUGACGGUAGUAGUUGUGGAGGUAGUGGUGGAGAGGGAGGAGGAGGGCGCAGAGGCCUUGGUGGUGCAGGUGAGCAACCAGGGAUGGGAAGUGCACUGUAUUUGUCUGAUGAGUGGAAGGGAAAAGGACGGGGUGGUCUUCAGGAGCUGGGCUGCAUGCCCUGGAAGGUCAGCAAGCAGAAAAUUGGAGGUGAGGGUGGAGGAGGAGAGGUGAUGGUGGGAGCAGAGGAGAGAAGGUGCAGGGAUCCCAGGGACUCUCAGCAGCAGCAGGAUCUUUCAUCCUCCUCUUCCUCCCUCACCCAAUCUGCGCCUCCUCACUCCUCUCUGACUCCUCCAGUCAUUUACCAUGAGAAGCAGCGGAGGGAACUCUGUGCCCUGCACGCUCUCAAUAACGUCUUCCAGGACGGGACCGCCUUCAGCCGGGACACUUUACAGGAGAUUUACCAGAGGCUUUCUCCCAGCACUCUGGUGACCCCUCAUAAGAAGAGCAUGCUGGGAAAUGGGAACUAUGAUGUUAAUGUCAUAAUGGCGGCCCUGCAGACCCGAGGGUUUGAGGCAGUGUGGUGGGAUAAAAGAAGGGACGUGGCCAGCAUCCAGCUGUCUAACGUGACAGGCUUCAUUCUCAACGUGCCAUCUAAUCUGCGCUGGGGGCCGCUGAGGCUACCGCUCAAACGCCAACACUGGAUUGGGGUCAGAGAGGUCGGCGGAGUCUACUACAACCUGGACUCCAAGCUACGCAGCCCACAAGUCAUCGGUGACCCAGAGGAGCUCAGGAAGUUCCUGCGUCAUCAGUUGCGAGGAAAGAACUGUGAACUCCUGCUGGUGGUCUCAGAAGAGGUGGAGGCCCGCCAGACGUGGCGCUCUGACGGCUGAGCAGGGUUCAACCAGCCAAUAGCAGCUUUACCUGGUGGGAGGGGCCAAUCAGAGAUGGAGGAGAGGAAAGAGGAAAAACAUGCACCGCCAAACUUGUGGCACAGAUGUAAUUUUUUCCUCCUUUUCUUUUGGCCUGUGUUUACACAGCGGCCUUUGCUGAGCUCUUAUCUGAUGUUAGCUGCAGCGGCAGUGAAGGAAACAAACACUUUACAGGGAGAAUCGCAGUCCUUUACUCCAACACGGUCCAGACUUAUGACUGGUUAACAUUCUGUUUCUGGCAUUUUUUAUAUAUAAUGACUAUUUUUCAAUGUCAUUUGAUCUGUUAAUUUUUUUUUACCAUUUUCUUAUGGUUUGAAAAAGAAAAGACGUGAAUCUGUCUGUUUUUCAUCAGUGGUUUCUGUUUGUUUUCAUGUUUCAACAGGAAGUGCGCCCCCUAUCUGCCACAUUGUGAUUCCCUCUCAUUGCUCUUGCUCUAUUGUCACUCAGUCAUGCUGCCAACUUUGUUCUUUCAUCACUUUUCCAACACUUUCUGGUGUAGUCCCGGUGCCAGCACCGAGCACAGGCUGCGCUGACGUCACAAGAGUUUCAUCAGGCAACAAAGCAAUGCAAAAGACAGGUCGAGCACUCCCUCUAGUGGAGGUUUUUCUGCACUUUCCCCCCUCUAUUCCAUUCUUUUUGUGUUUAUUAAUGCUUGUUGUCGUCAAAGAAAACAUUUUAAAGAAAAACAUACUAUAAAAAAGAAGCCUAAUAAUUGAACAGUUAGCAGAAAUUGAAAAUUUUAAACCAAGUCCUGUCAGUUGACGUGGAGCUUUUGAUCACGUGUCACAGUGCUGAUCUGGAUUUAUUUUUAAAAAUCAAAAGUUGCUGUUUUUUGGUUUUGGAAUCUGAGGUUGAAAAUUCCAUUACGUCUAGUUUGUCAACUUGCUUUUUUGAUAAUAACAAGGAGCAUUUUAUAGUAGCAACAUCUUAAUUAUUUUGUAGCUGUCAAGGACUGUGAGGAAAAAUGAUCAAAAGCUUCAGAACUGCAGAGCAAAAGUUCUUCAAAUGUUACUGUGACAGAAACAUAUCGUUAUCAUUAUACAAAAGUAUUAAAAUAUCACUAAAUGUUGUAGCAGCUGUGGUCAAAAUGUGAUGGGCUUAAGAUCAGUUGUGUGCGACUCUUAGGUGUUGCUGUGUUUAACACAGAGAGGGAUAUUUGUUUAUGUCAACAUUAAUGGAGGCAAAGAGGAAGCACAACAGCACAUUUGAGUCAGGAAUGCUCAAUGGUUGAAGUUUCCUAAGUGUUUCUCAGUCUGGGUGAACCAUUUAGCUUAGCUACAUAUCAGGAUGUCACCACGUAUCUGUAAAAGCAAAGGUCAGCACAAACUAGCCAUGGCUACACUGAUGUCUUACGCUAAAGAGUCAUCAUCUAAAACCUACCCUUUUAGCUCGUAUGCCAACAACAAAAAAACUGCCUUUACAGUUUAGUGUCUGCCAUGGCAUGAUGGAUAAAAGUUUUUCCCUAAACCCAACAGAGUUACUCUAACUCCAAGUCAACCGUUACAAUUCAAAUUCUUCAUUCAUCAUCUUGUCUUGUAGAGAGACACAGCACACAAAAUGUUACAUACACCAACUAGUAAAAUCUGUAACAGUAAAAAAUCAGUUACAGGGAAAACAAACAGACAGCUGUGAAAUGUCAAACAGACACUAAGGCAGGACACGCCCCAGAGGAAUAUUCUGACUUUUUUUCUCCUUUUCUUCUCCCCUGAUGCACAAUCACUCAGCUAAACCCCUCCCUUUUCUCUUAUCCAGCUGCUGAAAUUCUCCUGUUGAACCUGUCAGAUUGACAUCACCCCCAGAGUCAGUCCUGUACAGUCAGCUGUCGGUUGUUCCUGCAGAUGGAGAAAUGGAAAGUUGUCAGGGGGAGAAAACAGUGGAUAGAGGCCAGUGUGACUGAGAGAAGUGGUAGUUGAUGGAGCUACUGAAUUAUUAUGAGACACAACAGUACCAGAACCUUAGUACCAGGAUCUCCCAAAGUGGUUAGAAUGUGUCAAAAGCAGCACAGAGUUCUCAGCCCUAGUUCCUUUUAACCAGAAUGGGGUAAAUCUUGACCCUUCAGGAAGUUCAGUACUGGCUGAUAAUCCUGUCUUGUGGGCGGAACUAUUUUGAGGCAGUAAUGGUCCUUUUUGAAAAACCCCUCAUAGUUCCUGGUACUGUUUAUAGUAUAUUUAGGUAAAUUGUUUUAUAAAUGCUAUAUACCGAUUUUUUUUCUAUUAGUUCGGCAGGUCAGCUGGACCUCAGCUGUAAUUGUUGAGUACUGAUGAAUGGAAGUGUAGCAGCCUACUACUGAGCAGUGUAAGGAAAUAUCAGGUUUAAAAAACCUGGCAUCUGCUCAGUCCUCGGAUCUCCAGGCUGGAAAAUCAGACUUUGAUUUGUAUGAGGUCUGAGGUUGUUGUGCAAACACAGGGAGCUGCUGUUCCAGUUCUCAGAUUGAACCAUGUCCACUCUGCUAGAAUGCUGUUUGUUGAUUAUGAUGUUGGCCUUAACCCGUUUACAUUGAAGUAUAAAUUGUCUACAUUUCUAUUACGUGUUGCUCAAAGAUUAGGAGGAAGAAUUCACUUGCCAGGAGGAUGAUAUACUACCUUAUACAACUACAUAUGCAGAUCCACCAAUCAGUGCUGUUUUGUUUCCUUAAGCUAUUCAGAUCUUCAUAUAAUUGCAGGAGAAUCUUUUUUAUGCUGAUGAUCACAUGACUUAUUUCAUCAAGCCCUGUCUUAUUUUGGAAGGUUUUGAUCCUGGCUGUGGAACUUGAAAUAUCUACAUGGAUGAUGAUGGUGAUGAUGGUGAUGAUGCAGCAUCUCUGGAACUGAUCACUUCAUCACCAGUGUCUCACGGUUUGCUUUCAGAUUCUUUUUUUUUUUUUUGCCAUGACAAUCCACAGAGUUCCUCCUGUUUAGAGAAACCUGAUUCUCACUGUAUUUUUCCUGGUUUUGUUUUGUUAAUUUCAAUUUUGCAUACAAAUAAAAAAGCUCAUAAUGGCACUUUAUGUAGAA